AUGUCUAGAGAUCCUGAACACGGUGCGGUUCAUGAUAUGGACCCACAUGAGCACGAGGCACCUGAGGGUACUCAAGAAGAUGGCAGCAAGAACGAAGGUGCCGGUAACGACCCGACAUUCAGUCUGGCUGGUCCCGGCGCGCCAAAUCCAGCAAGCAAUGCCUACAUUGGAGACAACUACCGACAAUACAACCCUCAGUAUGGAAAGGAAGAUGAUUCUCCAACAUGGAGUCUGGCUCAGCCACUCCCUCACAUCGUCCGACCGGGCAUGCAGCAUGGCGCGUUGCCAGACGAUCGCAAGGAAGACAAGGAAGGACGCAAUGGACUCGACGCAGGUGCAGACAAGCAUUCCAAGAAUCAAAACAAUUCGGAGGACGGGUUCUUCAACACCUGGUCCAAAAUACGUCACUAUCUACGAGAACCGCUAGCUGAAUGGCUAGGUAUAACCGUGGCAAUGACAAUUGGCCUCUGCGCAACACUAUCCAACUAUACUUCCAACGGCCAAGCUGGAAAUUACAUUUCUCAAAGCGUUGCAUGGGGAUUCGGCUUCAUGGUAGCCAUUUAUAUUGCUGGUGGUACUUCUGGUGGGCACCUCAAUCCAGCUUUUUCGAUCGCGUUGUCCGUGUUUCGUGGUUUCCCUGCUCGCAAGUGUGUCAUUUAUAUCGCUGCACAGCUUCUGGGAGCUAUCACCGCUGGUGGAAUUGCCUAUGCAAUCUACCAUGACGCCAUAGUCGAACUCAGUGCUACCACAAAGACACCACAGAAUGCCGGUCUCGCUGCCGAGGCAAUGAUUACCGCACCAAAGUCUUUCGUCCAUCCAGCUACCGCGUUCUUCACCGAGUUUCUUGGCAGUGCGAUUUUAUUUGGUGCAAUCGUGGCUCUUGGAGAUGACACCAAUGCCCCGCCCGGAGCGGGAAUGCAGGCUUUUAUCCUGGGAAUCCUGAUCUCGGUUGUAGUACUUGCGCUGGGCUAUAAUACUGGCGGUUGUUUCAACUGCGCACGUGACUUCGGACCACGAUUAGUUGCCGUUAUGGCUGGAUGGGGUGGCCACCUCUUCCGAGAAACCCACGCUUGGUGGGUUUGGGGUCCCUGGUGUGCCGAUAUUAGCGGUGCACUGAUGGGUGCGCUAGUUUACGACAUGGCAAUUUUUACUGGAGGCGAAAGUCCAAUCAACUAUCCCCGUCGACGACGAAAGAGGGCAUUCCAAGUGAGAGCAGUUAAUCUGCGGAAAAAGCUCGGGUUGAGGCCGAAGAAGACCCGCGAUGUCGAGAGCUCUUCUGCGGACACUUAUCGAUAG